AAAUUUCAAUCCGAGGCUGCAGGCCUAGGCAGUAAUGUGACAAAACAACAAACAGUACCACAGAACAGAAAAUUUCGUAUUUUCUAUUCUGUGACUAGCAGUACAUAGGGAUGGAUGUACAGACACCUACUAGACAGCCUGUGCUUGUACAAGAAGCCUUGGAUGAAUUUAGGACGAUUGAACUCGAUCUUAAACAAAGACUGGAAGACUUGCGAGCAAAACGAGAACUGUUAAAUGCACAAACUGAGGGGGAAAUGGUUACCGUGUGGAUGAUGAAUAGCUGGAGUGCAGCAGAUGCACUAUCCAGGAGAGAGGAAGAUCUUGCAAAGUGGAAGAGAGAAAAGAACCAGGUUGAUCUUUCGAUUGUGGAUGUUUAUGAAAAGCUCUCAACAUUGCAGCUAGAGAGAAUAUCCACUGUCUCAAACAAACUUAAAGCUAUUUAUAGUAAGAAUCCACACCAAAUUUGUCUAUUGGAGUACAAUGUUGAAAAUGUAAAACAGCAGAUGUCGAAAAAUGCACAAAUGAUUGCAUUCCAGUCACAAAUUCUUGAAUUGAUGUCUAAAAAAGUAAGGCUAACUCAAGAAUCUGCAAAAGUGGAAGAAAAUGAAGUUAUGGAUGAAAAUGCUAGGUUAUGCCAUGUUGACCCAAGAAAAAGAUUUCGGAAACUGAGACAAAGAGAUUAUGCACAAAUAGAUGCACAGUUUUCUGUUGACAAGGCAUUUGCUGAUUAUGUAGAUCAACUGUUAGACAUUAAUGGUUUCAACUUUGAAUCUGUAAAGUUAAAAGAAUAUAUUGACCAAUGUCGUACAGGAAUUGAUGAGUCUGGAGAAUCAUAUGCCAGUCCAAAGAACUACCAAAGUUUCAUAUGCGCUUUGUCACAGUAUAUCUUGGACAAGUUUGGGGUGGAAGAUUGUUCAGUUGAUCCAUCUGUCAGGCUUGAUCAAACUUAUACACUGGUUGAAGGAAUUCUCUUUCCGCACAUUGAACAAUUCAUUCAGCCUUUUCUUGAUGGUUGUACGGAGAAGGACCUCCAGCUAAACGAGAAAUAUGAACGUCUCUCAGACCUAGGCCAGUGGGAGCUAGGAAUAAAGGAAGCCUACAUAGAUACAAGACUUUACCCACAUUGCCAAGCGAUCACCAAUAUAAUGAAGAUGAACAUGGUCAGCACUCCAUCUCAGAAGCUGAGGUGUAUCCUAGCCGCUGCGCAUGAAACAAAUCAAUUUAUGAGUUCUCUGUGUGGCGAAAAAAUGGUCCCAGGAGCAGACGAGUUUAUGGAUGUUUGGGUGUAUGUUUUGUUGAAGGCACGACUGCCAAAAUUCUUCUCCACGGUCUCACUACUUCGGAGCUACAGUAACCCCCGUAUUGGACUCUCUGAGUUUGGAUACUAUUUAGCCAGCUUCGAGCUUGCCGGGGAAUACAUCUUGAUGCAGCAAGGGAACCUCUCUCUCAUUAAAUCAACCCUUUCCAAUGAUGAGUCCGCGGAGGUCUUCUUCAUACCGGAAACUGGAAGGUGCCUGAAAUUCGUAGAAAAUUGUGACAGUCUUUUCGAGGUAGUGCAAAAUGAGUUUUGUUUGGAAGGCUACACUCUUAUUGCUGACUUGGACCUGCAGUUGGAGACCGGAAGACUCAUCACGACCUACCUUGUACAAAGUCACAAGCAUCACGUCUAUGGCACUUUGAUGCGAUGUAGUAAUGAAGCCAAGAGAAAGUUAGCAAAGAAAUGGAUUGAGUCUCAGUUUAAUAAGGUAUCUGAUGAUGUGCGCGGGAAAGUUGUGGAUGGUUUGAUUAUCCCUUUCAGGGCGAAAGCUUUAUUUGGUGAAUGUAGGGACGAUACUCUAAAUACAUCAUCAUCAUCCGGAUUGAAAAGAUACAUUGAAAUCCCAAAUGGUAAAUAUGAAGAUUUUAGGACACUGUUCCAGAGGUAUUUGAGUCUCGAAAAUCUAGGAUAUAUCAAAAAUAAAGCUGAAGAGGCCAGCCUUGAAGUUGAUCAGCUGAAUAUAGAUGAAAUGGAAGGUCGAGUGAAAGCUGCAAAGCUCUUGUUUUUUAAAGGACAUGAAAUCCAGGAAAAUUUAGACGACAUUAUUACUGAAAAGGUUAAAGAUAUCCAGACUCGACUUCGGCACUGCAAUAUGUACAGCUGCUUAUUACCUGUUGAUGGGGUUUACGCAAUGGGUACACGUCAUAGUGUGCAGCUCUUUCAGAAAUCAUGUGGCCAGUACAUCAGUGCAGAUGAUGAACUGCAAGUAAACGGUAUCUGUGAUUCUAGAACGUAUGAACUCUUAUGCAGAGCACCUGUAACGAAUGAAUUUAGCAAUUAUUCUAGGUAGAUAUAAAUUUAAAUCAUUUGCUUUAGUAUCAGGAUGAACCAAUAGAUGAUUUCAGCAUAUCUUAAAUCAUAUUCAUUAGAUGAUUUCAGCAUAUUGUUGGCUGAGUUAUUUCGAAACGGAGAAUUUUCCAGGAUAAGAUUGGUUCCCUGGUCAGUUUCACCGAUACUGCAAAGGUCAACUCAAUAAUUUUUUAGGAAGUGGUGAAAAUUAAGAAACAAUAGGAUCAACAACUCUGUUUUAAUUAAAUUUUCUUGAAAAUUUUGCUAAAAUUUUAUACGCACAGAGCAUUCUUGUUAAUUUAUCAAUAUUUUGUUUAUAGUAAUUAACUGUAAUGAAUCUUAUGUUUGUAAUGAAUAUGCUUGAUAAUCUCUCUCAGUUCACCUCUAACAGUUCUCUCUGAAUGUCCCUCGUCUCAAUAAAAAUGGCAUUAUUUAUCACUAUCACCAGCAGUCCAGUAGAUAAAAUUAAACGUAACAUGUUCUGGUUUUGAAAGAACCCACUUGUUUCAAGCAAAACAGCCGAUAGAGGUUCAUGACAAAGGCUCACUAAAAUCUUUGGAUAUUAUUUUUUUUAUAAGAAAUUUUAGUUUAAAGUUUAAAUAUUUGUCUAAAUUUUAGUCUAUUUUAAUAUUUCAUCCACAAUACAAGUUGAAAAGUUUUCAAAGAGAUAAACAAAGUGUGACUUUGUUAAUAUGUUAGGCGUGUUAUUGACUUAUCAGGAAUAGUAAAGGACCCAAUGCAGAACCUUAAGGAACACCGCUGGUAUUUUUGUUUUUAAAGCUUUCUUCCCUUUUAGAAAGAACCUAACUUCUGUUUUCAUGAUUUCUGCUUUAAACCAUUGAAUAAAGUCUUUUCGUGCAUAUUAAAGUUCACAUUUGGGUUACAGUAUAAUGCUUUACACUAUCGAGGGAUUUCAAGGAUUUUAAGAAAAAGCAAAAGUGCAAUAAGCCAAAACAAGAUCGUUUACUUUUGAAUGUCAAUUUUAAUGUUUCUAUAAAAUCAGGAGCGAUCUAAAGACACUAUAUUGUCCUUUAUAGAUUUGAGAUUAGUCAUGCUAUUGGAAGUUCGUCAGGAAAAGUAACUUGAUUUGAAGGGUGACCGAUGAAUGAAACAAAAUAAUUGUAACACAAAAUUGUAAGUUUUUUCCUGACGAUUUAGAGACAAAUUGGCUGAAAGGUCAUUGAUGACGCUUUUAAUCACGAAACUCAAUGUCAAUCAAACUUACAACCUUUUUAAUGGAGUUCUUCACAAAUGGUUUUUACUGAACAAAUUGGUUAUCACUACAUUAUCGGUAUAAUCCUGCGCUAAGCAGUGUUUAAGUAAGAGAAACAUUAUCUCGUUCUUGAAAAAUAUCCUACGCUAAACACUAUUUUAAGUUAGAGAAACCUCACAGAAAGCCGGGUAUUGAUCCCCUUCACACAGUGAUUAGCAUGAGGUAGCAAUCUUCAAGCCCUCAUAAAGUAGCAAUUUUUUUAAAACCUUAUGCCUUGGUCAAACGCAACAAACAUUACAAGCGUUUGGCGAUAUUUGACGUUGUUUUUUCUGCAGCCUCCUUUUUUUUUGCAGUAUCGAUUUCAUCAUCUAUUGUUCAUUUUUUUGCAAUGAUCACCAUCAAAAUUGAUUAAGUUUCAGCACUGUUUAUAUACCGAUAGGUACCCUGGGUACCAGACUCACUAUAUAUAAAAUAAAAUAGAGUGCCAGACUCUCUAUUAUUUUAUAUAGUGAGUCUGGUACCC